AUGGAUUGCCAGGAUAUUGACGACGUUGCGUCUCAAAAACAAGUUACUGACAACAAGGUUGAACAGCAAAAUUCCAAGAGGAGACGUAAAAGCAUAUCAAACCCCAAAAACAUUAGCAGCAACAGAUUAAGUCUCCUAGCUGACCUUGACAUAGAGAGUAAUGAUGACUCCGCCGGCACUGCAAGGAAUUACGGCACUGUUAACAAGCCAACUAAUUCCACUUCAACGACACCAACUGACGCCACUGUCCAUACGGAAAUGAUGGCGGUACUUAAGGAGAAGAGGAUAAACUCCUAUUCAUUCACUCCUAGAGAACUGAAGCAAAUCUCGUUAGUUCUACGUGGCCAAUAUCACGGCACUGACAUCGAGGAACUAAAAUCACACCUGGAUGGGAUAACUCCCGAUGUAAUCUCAAAGGUUACGAAAUUUACAACCCCAUACUCUAUGAAAAACAAUUGUGACACAGGUCUUUUUCUUGUAACUUUGCACCCCGGCAAGAACUUGAGCGACAUAUCGCACGUAAAAUUCGUACUUAGCCAGGCAGUUGUCUGGGAAAGGCCAAAGAAAAAGGAUAGAGAAAUACAGUGUAGACGAUGUCAACAUUGGGGUCAUAUGGCAAAAAAUUGUAAUUCAGACUAUAAAUGUGUGAAAUGCGACCAACAUCAUCUGCCUGGUGAAUGUAACCGGAAUAAAAACGACAACUCAAACCCAAAAAUUGGCGAGGCUGCACAUUCUACAAAAAUUAUGUGUCGAGAAAAAAACAAUGCCUACGUGAGGCUCAAGAAAUUAAAAGUGCUGCUAGCAGCAACGUCAACAAAUAUAUUUCAUCAGCAGUUAAUCCAGCCAAAUCAUUUGCAAGCUUUUUUCAUAAGCCACCUGCGGACAACAAACCUGUUCAACCGUCAAUUGUUGAAACAUUUUUAA